AGACUUUUGCUGCCACCCUGAAGGAUUUUCCUCUAGGCAUGAGGACUUGUGGGAAGAACAAAUGACUGGUGAAUGAAUGAAUUUGCUGAAUAAUUUUAUCAAAUGAAUGAAUCAAGGAAUGAAUAAAUGCAGGCUGAAUGACUGAAUGGGGCCUCAGUUCCCGAAGUUCCAACACAGAAGGCUGGGCCCCACUGAGUCUUUUCCCUCCAUUCCCCUUCUCAGGAGCCCUGGCUGUGGCCAGGGGGCAGUGGGCCAUGCCGGGGGCAGUGGACGGCCCCAGCUGGAAGCAGGUGGAGGACAUUAGGGACAUUUACGACUUCCGUGAUGUUCUGGGAACGGGGGCCUUCUCAGAGGUAAUCCUGGCAGAAGAUAAGAGAACUCACAAGCUGGUGGCCAUCAAAUGCAUCGCCAAGAAGGCUCUGGAGGGCAAGGAGGGCAGCAUGGAGAAUGAGAUCGCUGUCCUGCACAAGAUCAAGCACCCCAACAUUGUAGCCCUGGAUGACAUCUAUGAGAGUGGGGGUCACCUCUACCUCAUCAUGCAGCUGGUGUCCGGCGGGGAGCUGUUUGACCGCAUUGUGGAGAAAGGCUUCUACACGGAGCGGGACGCCAGCCGCCUCAUCUUCCAGGUGCUAGAUGCCGUCAAGUACCUGCAUGACCUGGGCAUCGUACACCGAGACCUCAAGCCAGAGAAUCUGUUGUACUACAGCCUGGAUGAAGACUCCAAGAUCAUGAUCUCUGACUUUGGUCUCUCCAAGAUGGAGGACCCUGGCAGUGUGCUCUCCACAGCCUGUGGAACCCCAGGAUACGUGGCCCCUGAGGUCCUGGCCCAGAAGCCCUACAGCAAGGCAGUGGAUUGCUGGUCCAUUGGGGUCAUUGCCUACAUUCUGCUCUGCGGUUACCCCCCCUUCUAUGACGAGAAUGAUGCCAAACUCUUUGAACAGAUUUUGAAGGCCGAGUACGAGUUUGACUCUCCUUACUGGGACGACAUCUCUGACUCUGCCAAAGACUUCAUCCAGCACUUGAUGGAGAAGGAUCCUGAAAAGAGGUUCACCUGUGAACAGGCCUUGCAGCACCCAUGGAUUGCAGGAGAUACGGCUCUAGAUAAGAAUAUUCACCAGUCGGUGAGUGAGCAGAUCAAGAAGAAUUUUGCCAAGAGCAAGUGGAAGCAAGCUUUCAAUGCCACGGCCGUGGUGCGGCACAUGAGGAAGCUCCAGCUGGGCACCAGCCAGGAGGGGCAGGGACCGACGGCGAGCCACGGGGAGCUGCUGACACCAGCAGUUGGGGGGCCAGCGGCUGGCUGCUGCUGUCGAGACGGCUGCGCGGAGCCGGGUCCGGGACUGUCCCCUGCACUGCCCCCACAGCUCUAGGGCCCCAGAUCCAGGGUCCGAACCCUUCGCGUUGGAGGGGUUGGGGCACCCUGCUCCCCUUCCCUCCCUGAACUGGAGAGUUACCCUGCCCCGCCGCCUCUCCACCCCUUUCCCUAUCACUCCUCUGCUGCAUUUUCCAUACAAAUGUUUCUAUUUUAUUGUUCUUUCUUGUAAUAAAGGGAAGAGAUAAAAACAUA